AUGGACGUGGACGUGGACGUGGACAUGGACGUGGACGUGGACGUGGACGUGGACAUGGACGUGGACGUGGACGUGGACGUGGACAUGGACGUGGACGUGGACGUGGACGUGGACGUGGACAUGGACGUGGACGUGGACGUGGACGUGGACGUGGACGUGGACGUGGACGUGGACGUGGACGUGGACGUGGACGUGGACGUGGACGUGGACAUGGACGUGGACGUGGACGUGGACAUGGACGUGGACGUGGACGUGGACAUGGACGUGGACGUGGACGUGGACGUGGACGUGGACGUGGACGUGGACGUGGACGUGGACGUGGACGUGGACGUGGACGUGGACGUGGACGUGGACGUGGACAUGGACGUGGACGUGGACAUGGACGUGGACGUGGACAUGGACGUGGACGUGGACAUGGACGUGGACGUGGACGUGGACGUGGACGUGGACAUGGACGUGGACGUGGACGUGGACGUGGACGUGGACAUGGACGUGGACAUGGACGUGGACGUGGACAUGGACGUGGACGUGGACGUGGACGUGGACGUGGACGUGGACGUGGACGUGGACGUGGACGUGGACGUGGACGUGGAAUGGACGUGGACGUGGACGUGGACGUGGACAUGGACUGGGCGUGGACGUGGACAUGGACGUGGACGUGGACGUGGACGUGGACGUGGACGUGGACGUGGACGUGGACGUGGACGUGGACAUGGACGUGGACAUGGACGUGGACGUGGACGUGGACGUGGACGUGGACGUGGACAUGGACGUGGACGUGGACAUGGACGUGGACGUGGACGUGGACGUGGACAUGGACGUGGACGUGGACGUGGACGUGGACGUGGACGUGGACAUGGACGUGGACGUGGACGUGGACAUGGACGUGGACGUGGACGUGGACAUGGACGUGGACGUGGACAUGGACGUGGACGUGGACAUGGACGUGGACGUGGACGUGGACGUGGACGUGGACGUGGACGUGGACGUGGACGUGGACGUGGAAAUGGACGUGGACGUGGACGUGGACAUGGACGUGGACGUGGACUGGACGUGGACGUGGAAUGGACGUGGACGUGGACGUGGACGUGGACGUGGACAUGGACGUGGACGUGGACGUGGACAUGGACGUGGACGUGGACGUGA